UUCUGAAAAGAAAACCAGUUAAAAAGUCGUCAAAUGGUCAAGUGAAUAAGCUUAUUUUGCUUAUUAUUUGUUAGUCAUACAUUUGUACCAUGAGACAGGUAGUUCUGUAUAGCCUGCUGUCUAAGAAAAUAUUCAAGUAUGAUAUUUGGAUUUUAUAUGGUAAAUUAUUCCAUACUGGGACAUAAAUUGUUCCAUAGCUGGUUUAUUAUUUAGUUUAUUGAAAGAAAGAGGUGUAAUUAUGCCUAUACAGAUCCCCCAGUGGACAGAAUUUUUAUCCUGCCAAGUUUGUUUCCAUGUUUUUGAUGAAGGUCACCAUAGACCAAUAAGUUUAGCAUGUGGUCACACUGUCUGUAGAACAUGCUUGUGCAAUUUGCCUCAGAAACGAUGUCCUUUUGACCAGAACACAAUAGCUAAAGACGUCAGUGAGCUACCCGUCAACUACGCCUUAUUGCAGUUGGUUGGUGCAUCUGUACCAGAAACUGACACCCUACCGUCAGAGGGGAUAUCCGAUCAUGUCAAGCAUUAUAAUGCAUCUAAACGUUGUAUAGAAGAGCUAGCCCUUCAUUUGAAACCAAUCAGUACAGCUGACCAAAAACUGAACUCACCAUGUCCAUCUAGUAAUGGCAGUGAACCAAACAAUGGCAUUUUAAGUCGACCCAUGCAACGCAAGCUGGUAACUCUUGUAAACUGCCAACUUGUAGAAGAUGAAGGGAGAGCUCGAGCAAUACGAGCAGCUCGUUCUCUGGGAGAAAGAACCGUGACAGAAUUAAUUCUACAACAUCAGAAUCCACAACAACUAUCAGCUAAUCUAUGGGCAGCAGUACGAGCUAGGGGGUGCCAGUUUCUUGGUCCAGCUAUGCAAGAAGAAGUGUUGAAGUUGAUUCUUUUGGCCUUAGAGGAUGGAUCUGCUCUGUCCAGAAAAGUGCUUGUUCUUUUUGUUGUUCAGAGGUUGGAGAAACACUACCCCCAGGCUUCCAAAACAGCUAUUGGUCAUGUAGUCCAACUCUUGUACAGAGCCUCGUGUUUUAAGGUGUCAAAAAGAGACGAAGAAUCAUCUUUGAUGCAGUUGAAGGAAGAAUUUAGAUCUUAUGAAGCUCUGAGGAGAGAACAUGAUUCACAGAUAGUCCAAAUAGCCAUGGAAGCAGGAUUACGUAUUGCUCCUGACCAGUGGUCAUCAUUGUUAUAUGGUGACACCAGUCAUAAAUCUCAUAUGCAGUCCAUUAUUGACAAGUUACAGACACCACAGUCAUUUUCUCAGAGUGUCAAUGAAUUGAUAAUAACUUUACAAAGAACUGGUGAUCCAUGCAGUUUACAACGAUUACAUCCACAUUUAGAGUUCCUGGCCAGUGUUGAUCCCAAUCCUGAUGCACCCUCACCAUCAUGGGAGAAUCUGGAAGCUGUUAUGAAAGCCAUAAAGACUGUAGUUCAAGGACUUGUAGAUUUCAUACAAAGUAAUGGUUCUAAACAUUUAGAGAUCUUAACUUUACCCAAUCUAAGAUACAAGACCAGUAUGUGUCGUGAUUUGGUUCAAAGGGGAACAUGUCCAAGAGGUGGAAAUUGCACUUUUGCUCAUUCACAAGACGAACUUGAAAAAUAUAGAGCCAGAAAUAAAAGAUUAGGAAAAGGACAGUUUUUACCAACAACAACAUCUGCUUUAACACCUAAAGAAAAGCUAGCAUUAGAAAGUGUAACAAAAACUACAGCUGAGAAGCUAUUGGCAGCUGAAAUGUCAAAGUCUGGAAGCAGUAUUGACACUAUUUCAACAGAUAAACAAGGUACAAUCACAACCCCAUCUGGACUUCCACAAAAACUAGCAGUAACACAUGAACCAUCAUGCUUGCCAGGAGCCAUGACCAAUAUGACUAUUUCUACAAGUCAAGCGUCCAUGGUGCCUUCACCCAUGACACCACAUAUACAGAAUAUGUCUGGAUCAAUGGGACCUCAUGUUUCAUCGUUUACACAGAACCCUAGUCCCCAAGGCUGUUACCCUCCUGAGUAUUACCAAUCUUGUCAGAACACAGUACCUAUGAUGGCAAUGCCAAGGAUGAUGUCUUAUGGUCCAACAUGUUAUCAGCACCAAACAAUGCCACCAAGCUAUCGUCCACCAGUUUAUGGAAUGAUGCCACCUCAACAGUGUCCAUACCAAACCGGUAUGGAGUACAACAUGGCAACAAGAUGUCCGCCACAACAACCGCCACCUCCUUAUCCUGGUUCAUGCAUGUCCUAUGACAUGUGUCAGCAGGCUCACAGUAACCUGAACCCCUAUGCUGAACCUUUUAUGGUUGGUCCACAUGGUCCAGCUGGUCAGCAGUUCUGUUGUCACUCUGAUGAUCACAGAUGUCUAGUUCCUCCGCACGGUCAGGCUCAGAUGCUGACUGACUUACAUCAAAGAAGAACGGAAAUCUUGACAAGGCUUCACAAAUGUAGUUCUACUACAAGCAAGAAAAGUUGGUCUGGGGCAGAGACUACCUUUGCAGAAUGGGGCUCAGAGAAAUCCACUGGUAGAAUGACUGGUUCCUCUCAGUCCAUACCUGAUGCAGCUUCAGCUACAAAAAUACCAUCAGUAGCAUCAAAAGAAACACAUUCUGGUUGGGAUAGUGAUUACCAGAAUUGGUCAGUGGGUGAUAAUACAUCCUCAUCAUGGACAAAGAAUAAAGAUACUCAUGUUGGAUCCUCAGAUGUGGUGGCCGACUGUCCAGAUGUGUGGAAUGAGAAAUUUGUGCUAGCUGUAAACCAAGGAAAUGAACAAGAUACUGGAUCCGAUUCCACUGAUUUCAUGUUGAACUGGUUAAAGGAUAUACCAGAUGACCCAAUGCCAGUAGAGCAAGUUCCUAUUCCCAUGCAGAAAAUCAGUAAAACAAACAGAACUGUAUCCCAGUCUUCUGAGAGAAAAUCUGUAUAUGCUCCAUCAACAAGUUACCACCAGGAUUAUCAAAACAAGGCAGAAAAAAAUGUUAAAGUUGAUAAUAAUGAUGAUGAGGAUGAUAUUGAGAUAGAUUAUAGGAGAUUAUCAAUCGCAUCAGAUGGGGAUGACAUCAUUAUACCAUUUGACUCGCAACCUAUUGUGUCAAAGUUUGGACCAAUCAGCAGGGUCAAACCAAAGCCACAGAGGUCAUCUGAUCCUCUUCAAGCUACUGCUGACGAGAACAUGAUGACAUCAGUAACAUCUUCAUUACACAGUAGGCCUCAGGUCUUCCCUACAAGUCGUGUGGCCAGCAGAAAAGUCAACCAACCAAUCAGUGCUGUGUUAGAUGAAGAGAAUGCUUCAGCUUGUACAGGAUACUCCAGAAUAGUCAACUAUCCUCCAAAUGUAAAGUCUUGUGUGAAAAAAGAGAUUGCUCGCUUAGAGGAGAAAGCCCUUAAUGCCAACACAGAAGAUGAAUGGUUGGCUUGUGAACUACAAGCUGUUGAGCUUCAAAUAUCAUUGACAAAUAAAUCGAUUUCUAACUUAUCAAGUGAAGAGUUAACAGGGACUAAACAUUGGGCCAAAUAUGGAUAUGACAAACCACAAGCUGGAUAUACGGAGUGGACUGAUUUGGACAAAGCAUUGCAGGCACAGAAAAUAGAGACAGAAUGUUUAAAAAAUCGGAAGGAGCAAGAAAAAGAGGAUAGACUUCUGGCCCAAAAACUUGUGCUAGAAGAACUGAAUGCUUCAGGACCAUGAUCAUAGAUCAUUCUUGUUACAUUGAGCACAUGAUAUGAAAAUGAACAUCUUAUCAUAGCUGAAAGAUUUAAUUUGUUUUAUAAAUUAGAUUCUGAAUUUACUAAUUUGACAAUUUGCUUUCCGAAAACUAUUGUGUAAUUAUCUGUUUUUAUAACUUUCAUUGAAAAUCUUGCACCUAAAGCCUGUGUCAGCUAUUAAAAUGACUUCAUUUUUAAUGUUGCACAUUUAAGAAGAAUGGUAUAAGUUUGAAGAAAAGAAAAGAAAUGGGGUAUAAACUAGAAGAAUAUGACCCUGUUCUUGAUUAUUCGACAUUGAUAUACAAAUGCACAUUGCAUUGAAUUUAUUCGUUGUUUUUAAUUAUUUAUGUGACUUUUUUUUAUAAUUAUGAUUAUAAGAAAAUGUUCUUUAAUAUGUAAUAUAUAUGGUGAUAGAAAAGUUUUGAAUAUGUAUUAUUUGUAUUAAAAUGUACCUUAAAUGAUGUAAACUAUGACAUUUAUAUGCUAAAGUGUUAUUAGUAUUAGAUUUCAUUUCAAAUGUUUCUUUUUUCAUCAUGACAUCUCUCUAUGAGGAGGUAUACUUUUUAUUGUUCACAAUUUGAUUUUUAGGAAGACCUCUAUUUGUGUGAGUGCUCUUCCUAUCUUUAAGAAAACAAUUGCUUGUUUUUGGGCUUAAAUAUGUUUUUAUAUAAGUUUUUUAGAAAAUUAUAAAAAAAGAAUUGGACUAUGACUUCAAAUAUCCAUUUGUUUUAAAUGAUAGAUUAUAGUAUGAAUUAUAAGGAUUGAUUAUUAUACUGUUUUUUUCUUUCUUCAAAUUGAAUAAAGAAUAUUGCCAUAGUUGUUAUAUACUACAGGAUUGAACAGAUAAACAUCAUGGUUUAAUAAUAGCAUUUUGUUGUUACAAACUAGAUAAGUUUUGUGAAAUUUUAUGAUUAGUCUUUUAAAUUUGUACUGUAAAGAACAUUUAAGCCUUUAUUAAAAAAUGAAGCUGCAAGUAAUAUUCAUUUUUGUUGUAUCACUGUUAAGUGCUAUAGUGCAGUAAAUUUAUAUUUUGCAUAAAGUACUGUCUUAGUAUUGUUCCUUUAUUUUUCAUGUUGUUUUUAUUUUGCAUUUAAAUCCAAUUUGCAGCAUAGCUGAACAUAAUUAAUGUUCAACAUCUUUAAAGAAAUUAAGUUAUCAAUAUAUAGCCAGUAGAAUUAUUAUUUUAUUUCCUGCAUUUGUAUUUACUUCUAUUGACAUUUUCUUGUCACAAAAUUGGUUCAAAGAAAUAUUCUGCCAAAAUAGGUUGGGGUAUAGUUUUUUUGGGGGGUGUAAAGAUUGCAUUUCUCUCUUCUCUAGCUUAGCUGUGUUUUCCAGGCCCUCCUCUCUACCAUUCAGAGCACAAACAAGAUAGUGCAGUGAGGUGACCAUUAUUUUUUAUAUACUGCCCUUUAUCCAUUGUCAAGCAAUUUAUUGGUGGUAUAGACCAAGAUAUUGAGGUUACAAAAUAACUUUUUGUUUUGUUGAAAAUUACAAAAAAGUGAGCAUGGUGUAUGAAUCUAUGUUUUAAAAAUAGGUCCAAAUUACAAUUAUGGAAAAAGGAAGAUAACUCUAAUUCAAAACAAUGCCUUACAUUAAUUUAAUUUUAAGUUCACAUUGCAAAAUGUAUGAUUGCAAUCUUUAGCCUAAGGUAGUUAGGAGCAUUUUGAUUAUUACUAUGUUAAGUAUCAAAGAAAGUUAUGAGUUUCGUUCUACCUUUUAGUAUGAAAAGAUGAUUAGCGUGUUUGCUGUGCAAAUGUAUCAAGACAUUUUACUGUUAUAUUGUGAAAUGAUUUUCUAAAUGUUGGUAUUGAAUUGUUAAUACGUUAAGAAAAUGUAAGGGAUCUAUACUAAUGAAUGUAAAACAGAAUUGAACUGGAAGUUUUAUGUUAUAAUUCCAGCUUCAUUAAUAUAUAUGCAGUUUUCUGUCAAUUUGACAGAAUAAUUUUCUUUAAUUUUAAUACUCUUCUUUCUUUCUCAAAUUUUAAAUUAUUCGUGCUCAGUUUGAGCAGUAUGAAAUCAACUUAGGCACUGACUAUUCAUCUAUUAUUGGAGGCUUGUAUUUUAUUAUGCCUUGCCUGUGACAGUAGUGGUAUUAUUGUUUCUGAUCUAUAUCUUUGCAUUCAUUCUGUAUCGGGUCAAAUUAUGAUUUAAAUCAAUUUACCUUGCGAUCACAUCAACAUGACACAUAGUACUUAUGUGCCUAAUUUAUUGCUGAAAAGCGAUUGUAAAAAAACUUAGACCCCCUUUAAAGAUGAAUGGACAGUAGUGCUUGGUUUCAGCAUUCAGUUAUAAUAAGUAACUAAUGAAAUAUUUGAAAUGCAAUUUGGAAGUUUGACUGUAUUAUCAAAUUUAUUAUGUUGGAUUUCAUAAUUGGAUUCAUGUGUUGUUUUUUGUUUUAAAUAAACUUCAACAUACACUU